UUACGGUUCCCGCAGCUGUCAGACGGGGCCGCGAGUUACAGGUGUGCAUUUCGUGCUCGUGCGCGCGCGUUGUCAUUUGCAUGUGACGAGUGCGGGACGCGCGUGUUUCGGCUAGUAAGCUGAGAAAUCGCGCGCGCGCGCGGAUUUUGCCGUCUUCGGGAUAGCUGCGAAACGCGAGGCGAAGACCUCCGACAUAUAUACAGGCAAGUGGCAGCGUAUAGUAGUAUAGAGCAUAGGGCCCCAAGUAUUUCCCCGCUCUGCAGGGACCAUUCUCGGUAGGGUUACCAACUUCGAUCUUGAUGGUGAUUACUUUUCGGCAUCGUCCCCGCGUAUACUCCAAAGAUACGAUUUAUUUUCUUUUUCUGCGUGAUUAAGAUGUUUUCUGCAAUCGAGAGAAUGGUAACGAGUUUAGAGAUGUAUAUUAAGUUUUACAGAUCGUGAAUUUUAUUGCGCUUUAUUGAAACGAAAGAUUCACGAAAUUUAUUAAUUUCUCAGUAACUCGAGGCUUCUGAUCCUCUGGAAUAACACAAUCGCUUCAUGCGAAUAUACAAUCAAGAUACUUAAGAUUCACCGCGCGCGUGUAAUGUCAAAUAAAAAAGAGACGUGCAAGAUACGCCCAAGUCGUUACGGAUGAAUAUUGAUUCAAGAAUCGCGCAAGAAGAAAGAUGCGUAUUUCUCGAGUUACUCGUUGAAAUAAAUUUUGCAAAAUUAAUAAACGAGAAACGAUUGCAAACUGUUUAACGGAAUGGUGAUGAGAAAUAAUAAUUCGCAGAAUUAUUUAAAACCGAAACGGUAAUAAUAAAUGAUAAUAAUUGCAUGAAAUUGGUGCUUCUUGGGAUCGUCCAUAUUAAGGAAAAUCUGUAUUAACGUGAAUCGCCUUCGACGAUUAAUCUCAUCGAGAUUGGCAUCUAUCGGUGCACUUUCAUCUCGUAAAAUAUUUUCGUUAUAAAGCACCGUCGUCGUUAAGGAUCAGUGGGAAGCGAUCCGUCGCGAGAUGGAUAACGUGGAAACGGGUUUAAGCGUGAAAGUAAUUGAGGAAGUAGAUGAACCGACAGGCUCGCUCGUACACCUCGUGCGCGGCAGGCACGGUAAAAGCCUAGCUCACGGAAAAUCGACGUUUUUCUUCGAUCGAAAGAGGCGGAGUAUAUAAUUAAAUAAAAAUCACGCAGGAAAUAGUGUCCGUUUACGCUCCGCGCGCGGCCGUAACGUCGUCCGCAAUUUCCGCAGUUCUGGCAAACGCUUCCGCGCGUAAACAUAUAUUAACGCUCGCAGUUACCGAAAAAUUGAUCUUCCCGUGAAUGCUUUCGUUUCCUCUCUCUUUAAUGUUUUGCUUUCUUAUAUUAUUAUCCACAAUUCCAUACGGAAAAUUUCUUUCGUUGUACGUCGCAUUAUAACACUUUAAUUGUUGAAGUGAGAAGACAAACAAAUAAUGAGGAACUUGAUCGUGAAACCGUUUUAUAAGGCCGGCUUUUUCAAUGCUUUACAUUGUCAUUUACUUCAUGUCAAUAGCGCUAUCAGUCUUGCGUUUACCUUUGUCAAACAAUAAAUUAUCAUCGUGCUAAAUAAUGACUUAUCUGCUUUGAAAGCGGUGCGACUUCACUUUUCGCAACAGAUUGGAGAUAGGAACGUGACAAAGAGAAAUCUUCGUCUGUCAAUGUAGGCAGCUAUUAAACAUUAAAAUCAAGUUAAUCGACGCAGCGCUCAUUUAACGAGUCGAUUAAACGUCUUGAGCACGCCUGUAAUAACGGAUCGCCGAUUAUCCAGCGCGUUCACCGCUCCAACCCGUUUCCUCGACGACGUGUCUUCAUCAUGGGGACGAGAUGAUGAAAUUCAUUUGUUUCCGCGAACAGCGAGUGAUGGCCCUGCGCCUAAGGGGUAGCAAGGAUGUCAAGAGGAGCUUCUAUUACGUCUGGUACCUCGGCGCCCGAGAGGCCAAGGGGGUGGACGCGAUGCCUGGUGCCAUAGCUUACCUGCUGGAGCGGGAACGGCUUAAAGAACCUUUCAAGGUCACGCUGCAGGUGAGCAGCAAGGGUCUGAAGAUUAUACAGACGGUUCACCCGGGUGGCUCGACGAGGUCGGCGGUGAAACACUUGGUACCAGGUCAUGCGGUGCUGGCAGCCGUGCAGCGAGAGGACAUCGUAGCCGCGACUCUGCUCCUGCCGAAUCCGGCCACGAACAAUCCUGUCCAUGUGCACGCAUACAGAUGCGACUCAGUCGAAACCGCCGAAUUGUUGGGCAGCCAGUUGAAAGCGCUGGCGUCACACACCGACAAUUUGGCCAGGGUCACGGCGAGCGAAGGCAGAAUCCGCAGCAAUCUAGGCAGCGAUGGCCGGAGUACCAGAGAGUCCGAGUCCUCCGAAGGUAGCGGUGAACUCAGACACGAUCCGGUCCAAACCACGACCAUUUACGAGUCUCUGGCCGCCGAGUUACGAGCAAAAUUAGGCAGAGGCAAUUCCGGCGAUAACGAUGUCGGUCCGAUAUUACUGCCGCCGCGCGACUAUGACACCGUGCACAGACAUCGUGGCAACUUGGCUGGCAUCGAGUUCAGACGCUGCUUGAAUCAGACCAUCGUGGGUGGUAGCACGGGCAUCGAUAGGGGUGGCACUAGAAGCGCGGCCAGCAGCGGCAUAGGAUCCGAUAGCGCAGCCACUCCGCCGCCUUAUCAGACGCAUCAUCCCCUGGGUCAGAGACCGUCCAGACCAUCCAGAGAUUCUUCCUCCGAUGACGAUUGGGGUGUACCAAAUGAGGAGAACGAUUACCUGCCAGAAGUGGAAACAGCUACAUCGAGUCUGACAUUGCCGCGAUUACCGCGUAGUCCCGAAAGGCUACCCAGUCAAGUGAGCAGGGGAAUUUCACCGAGCUGCAACAGGAAUCGACGAGCGGCGGAAUUUAGACAGCGAUCGCCGAGUCCUCAAUACCAGCCCAGGGUCAAUCCCAACGAAGUGACCAGUCCCAGAGAGAGGUUCCAAGAUGCCAAGGAAAUGUUUAGGGCCAUGGAGAGGGAGGCCAUUGCCAGACCCGUUCUCUCCAGGCAGAGAGACAUCGAGCACCAUCCUGUACACAGAGUCGAGUCAGCCAGACAAGUACUCGAGGACAGAUCAGGUCGCCAAUAUCCGAGCAUGAAUUCCAUAUCCACGCACGAUCAUAUAAUCAGACGAAAUCAACCAGGCUUGGCGUUGGAUCGCGAAAAUGGCAUAUCUUACAAGGACAGACCACGACCCAGGACCCAUCAUUACGCGGUCGAGCGUCCGCCUGAAGCCGAGAUUUCGAGGUCACGACCAAGAAGCUUCUAUGAGAACCCAGCGAUCGGCAGGGAUUACAGAGAUCAGAGAAAUCCUGCUGAUCAAAGAGAUAUGCGAGAAUUUCGAGAACGUACGCAACACUCGCGGGAACUGCGCGACAAGUUGCGGACCAGGAGCACGACUUACCAGGAACUGUCGGAGCACGAAAGAUACCCUGGACUCGAUCGUGAAAGUGCCAGACCGCCGUUGGAGAUGAUUCCGACACCCAGCAGAUACCGUCACAGCUACGCCGAACCGCCAAGAUUGGGUCUAGCCGCGCUUCAUCCCUACUGAUGCACUAGCCCGUUGAUCGAUGAACUAUUUAAUUAACCGACAUAUCGCGUUAUCACACUAUUCACGUACCGCGCCUUGACCGUUCAGUGCGUUCGUGAUUAGCGGCCUUCAUCUCGUUUCUGAAAUCAGGAAGGAAAAAGAUCGAUGGCUGCGAUAUUGUGGAUAGUUUUAUUUUGAUUUUAAAACGCUAAAGCAGGGAACAAUUCUUUUUUAAUUCAUUAAUAUAAUCUAUUAUUAUAAUUGCCCGCCACUAUUAAUAUUUAACACGAUAUAACUGAUUAGUAAAAUAGGUGUAUUAUAAUCCAUAAUAAGUUGCUAAAAACAGAAAAGCUCGUUAAUAAUCCUGCAUAGCGUUUUAGAAUUAAUUGUCGAUGUAUGCGCUAUAACGAUUUGCUUAUAUGCCGUGCCACUGAACGGUCAAUGCCGUUUGCAAAUUGUAUAUGUAUGUAACGAGAGUAAGAAAGCUUGUAUAUGAAUCACAUUUUCGAUAAAUCCAAUUAUUUGCGUAUCGUUGUUAUCAAGUACGAACAGAGGAUCUCGUUGAGAGACGAUUUUUAUUUAAGUACGAUUUCUCUAACACGAUCCCGAGAACGUACCGUAUUGUUAUGCGUCAAACGCCACACUAACAACAUAAUAUUAUUAGUAACAUAAAAUAUACGAUAAUCAGUAACAGUAACGAUAAUAAUUGUAACAACAAA